AUGGACGGCGUCGUGGUCACUGAUGCGACACCUGGAUCAGUGUGCCUCAAGGACAUGACUGUUGCCUUCAGCUGGGAGGAGUGGCAGCAGCUGAGCCCUGCGCAGAGGAGCCUGUACAGGGACAUGGUGCUUGAGAACUGCAGCCACCUGAUGCCCGUGGGGUCUCCAGACCCUAAACCAUAUAUGAUCUUCAAGAUGGAGCAAGGGGAAGAUCCAGGAGUGUUAGAAGGGAGAAUUCCAAGUGAUCCUUCUCAGAAAGAAGUCAGCACUUUUAUUAGACAUCAGAGGAGUCAUAUUGAAGAUAAACCCUGUGAAUGUGCAGAAUGUGGAAAAAGCUUUUCUCGUAAGGUAGAUCUCAAGAUACAUCAGAAAAUUCAUUCUGGGGAGAAACCCUGUAAAUGUACCGAGUGUGGAAAAAACUUCUCAUGUAAGUCAGAUCUCCAAAAGCAUCAGACAGUUCAUACUGGAGAGAAACCCUAUGAAUGUACCAAAUGUGGGAAAGCCUCCCCAGAAGCACCCCUCAUUAGGCAUCAGAUAAUUCAUACUAGGGAGAAACCCCAUGAAUGUAAUGAGUGUGGGAAAGCUUUCAGCUUGAAGCCAGAACUCAUCAGACAUCAGAGAAUUCAUUCUGGGAGAAACCCUAUGAAUGUACUGCAUGUUGGAAAGCCUUCCCCCAGAAAGGACACCUCAUUAAGCAUCAGAGCAGGUCUCAAGACACAUCAGAAAAUUCAUACUGGGGAAAAACCCUAUGAAUUUGCUGAAUGUGGAAAGAGCUUCUCAUGUAAGUCAGUUCUCAGGGACCAUCAGAAAAUUCACACUGGAGAGAAGCCCUGUGAAUGUACUGAAUGUUGGAAAGCCUUCAGGAGGAAAUCAAAACUCAUCAGAUAUCAGAGGAUUCAUUCUGGAGAGAAACCCUAUGAAUGUACUGCAUGUUGGAAAGCCUUCUCUCAGAAAUCGCAUCUCAUUAAGCAUUAG